AUGGCACGACAGCGUUUUACCCACCGACGCCCACUCCGGACAGGUGCUGAUCCAGAUGCGGUGGUACGUUACUACAGGACGUACCGGCGUUGCCACGGGGACACUCUCGCCGAAUUCGUCGCCCAUUAUGGUAAGCUAUGGGAGGAGGCGAAUUGGCAUGGGGUGAAACCCUACGAGGGCAUCGUGAGACUGGUGGAGUUGUUCCCACCGGAGUGGCAGGGGUGGAUGGCAACCACAGCCCAGUUGUACACUUCUUCGCGGCCUCCGACCUAUGAGCCGAUAGGAGACAUGCCGGGCUUCUUGAGUGCAGUCUCGGCAGGGUGUUUCCACUUUGGGAACGGGCCCCCGCCAGACAUGCAGGCCCCGGGGAGUGAGCGGUUCCGUAGCCUGCCACCUUUGGCCCUGAUGCGGGCGGCAGACGGAGUGUUCGAGGAGGGACAGUCGUCCCGAGCUCCCGGCCGUCGCAGAGGUAGGGCAGAGAUGGGAGAUGUGUCGGGGUCCAGCGACGAGAUAGUGGGGGCCAACCCUCCACAGCCCCUCGAGCCACCACCAGAGAUUCCUCCACCACCCAAGGAGCCAUUUCCCGAGGAGUUGGAGCAGCCCCUCCACCCAAUAGAUGAGGCGUUCUACAAGGGGCUAUACUACUACGCCAAGCAUGUGGACAAGGAUUUCGUCUUCGACCUCGACGUACCAGUGGCGCCUUGCAUGGCCCCAGAGAUCCCGCAGCCGGUCGUCGCCUCCGAGGGCGAGGAGGAGGUAUGGUCACCUAUAGAGAUGCCCCUCCCUGGGACGAGCCACGACGACCCGAUGUGGAUCGACAAAUGCCUCCCAGAAGACAAGCAGGCAGGCCGAGAAGGUACGCGCAAGUACCAGAGCAGGUACCUAGGAGAGACCAGGCUGGGGGAGCAGGAGCACAACCGCCACCUCCUCCACCACCGCCUCCUGCAGUGCCGGAAGAGGCGAGUGGAAGAAACAUUUCUCAAACAGAACCCACCUGUGUUCAAUGGUCUGGGGAAUCCUGCUGCAGCAGAGACCUGGGUGCGUGCGAUCGAGCGCAUCUUUGAUUUUCUUCGGUGCACCGACAGAGAGCGACUCUCAUGUGUGAAGUUUCAGCUGGUGGAGUCCGCCGACUUCUGGUGGGAAGCCAGGCGAAAAGUUAUGACUCGUGAACAGUUGGAGCACCUGACCUGGGAGGAGUUUAAGAAUGAGCUGUACGGCAAGUACAUUCCCAAGAGCUACCGCAAGGCCAAAGAGGUGGAGUUUUACAGUUUGAAACAGGGAAAGAUGACAGUGACCGAGUACGAUAGGUUGUUCUGUGACAUGUCACGCUAUGCGCCUGAACUAGUAGACACGGACGAGAAAAUGGCCGAAAAGUUUUGUACUGGCCUGAGAUCGGAAAUAAGAAUGGCUCUGGCCAGUCAUGGAGGUCUGUCUUAUGUCGAGUCAUUGGGCCGGGCCCUGGACAUUGAGGCAGCUAUGCCCAAAGAGAGGCCGACGACACAUGUCACCACUGCUCCACCGCCGCCACAGCAGCGGUUCCCUCGAGAAAAGAGGAAAUGGGAAGGAGACCGAGUCCCGACUGAUGCUAAGAAACCAUCGUUUGCCCCUAAGCCACAGCAGAACCGUUGGUACCAAACUGCCCCGACUCCAGCUGCGGAGCACGGAGCCCAGGCACCUCUAUGUGCGAGAUGCUCGAAGAGACAUGACGGCGAGUGUAAGGCCGGGACUGGUGGAUGUUUCCACUGCGGGCAGAAGGGACAUUUUGCCAGAAACUGCCCGAGCAAGGCGACUGGAAUGGGAGGACAGCGUCCGCAACUGCGGGUACUCCAGGUUGAACCAAGGAGAGAGAAUGCGAUGCUCCCUGCACCACGUCCUCAGCGACAGCUACGCCCGAGACUUCCCCCACAGGCAAGAGCCUUCGCACUGCAGCAGAAGCAGGCCAGGGCCGAGGAAGGGAAACGGGAGCAAGGCAAUUUGGCAGGUAUGGGAACUCUCCUCAACGUACCAAUCGCUCUUUUGUUUGAUACCGGUGCAUCACACUCCUUUAUAUCAACAUCUUGUGUGGAUACUUUGAACUUGCCUACGGAUGUGAUGGAACAUAGUAUGAGGGUGUCCUCACCCGUAGGAGGCCUGAUAGAUAUCACACGAACGUGCUCAAACAUAAAAUUUUCCAUGGGAAACCUGAACCUAGUAGCUCAUAACUUACAUGUGAUGUUGAUGUGGAGCGUCGACAUUAUACUAGGAAUGGAUUGGUUAGCCGAGAACUACGCCACAAUCCGUUGUAAGGAGAGACAGAUAGCGCUACAAUACCCUGGGACAGAACCCGUAAUGUUUCAUGGGAUCUCCAUGAGGAAACGAAAAUCGAUUAUUUCUGCCCUGCAAGCAACAACCAUGAUGAGGAAAGGAUGUCCUGCAUACCUCGUCUUUUUGAACGAAGAAGAGAAAAAGGACAAGAAAAUUGAGGACGUGGCAAUAGUACGAGAAUAUCCUGAUGUAUUCCCAGAAAAGCUACCAGGCUUGCCACCAAACAGGCAAUUGGAGUUCAGCAUCGAUCUGGAACAAGGAUCAGCUCCAAUAUCAAAGGCGCCUUACAGAAUGGCACCAAGGGAGUUAGAGGAACUCAAAAUGCAAUUACAGGAACUACUAGACCUGGGCUUCAUUCGACCCAGUGUGUCGCCGUGGGGCGCACCAAACAAGUAUCCUUUACCGAGAAUCGACGACCUCUUCGAUCAGCUGCAAGGAGCUGGAGUGUUCUCGAAGAUGGAUUUGAGAUCGGGUUAUCACCAGUUGAGAGUUCGACAAGACGAUAUACCAAAGACUGCGUUCCGCACCAGAUAUGGCCAUUAUGAAUUUACGGUAAUGCCUUUUGGGCUUACCAAUGCUCCAGCUGUGUUCAUGGACCUAAUGAACCGCGUGUUCCACCCGUACCUGGACAAGUUCGUUCUGGUCUUCAUAGAUGAUGUGCUCAUCUAUUCGAAGAACGAAAAGGAACACGAGGAACAUUUGAGAGCCACCUUGGAAACAUGUCAUGGGGACUAUGUAUGUGAACCUAGAGUGCUUUAG